CUAUACGGUAGUAGAAGACAAAAGAUUUUUGUCAUAGCUAAUCGGCAAUCCUAAUCCAUUUUCGUUGUUCGCUAUCGCCAAUCGGAAGCUAAGGCACAUUCGAUUUUCGUUGGAAAUGGAUGCAGCGAAGGUUGAAUCAAGCGGUACUGCGGGAAAGCCCAUACGAUGCCGAGCGGCGGUGGCAAGGAAGGCGGGGGAGCCGCUGGUGAUAGAGGAGGUCAUUGUGGAUACGCCGAAGUCGGAGGAGGUUCGCAUCAAAGUUUUAUGUACUUCCCUCUGCUUCAGCGAUGUUACUUUCUGGAGAUUGAAGGAACCUCCUGCGUGUUUUCCGAGAAUUUUGGGGCAUGAAGCUGUUGGCGUUGUUGAGAGCAUUGGCGAGGGUGUUACUGGACUGGUUCCAGGGGAUACAGUCAUUCCAAUAUUCGUUGCAGAUUGUGAGGAUUGUACAGAUUGUCUAUCGAAGAAGAGCAAUCUGUGUUCAAAAUACCCUUUCCAUGUCUCUUCAUCGAUGCCUGAUGGCACGAGCAGAUUUAAAGAUCUUAAGGGAGAGAGUAUAUACCAUUUCCUUUCCGUUUCUAGUUUCACCGAGUACACGGUGGUGCAUCUUGCUAAUGUAACAAAAAUCGAUCCGGUGAUCCCUCCAGACAGGGCUUGCCUCUUAAGUUGUGGAGUGUCAACAGGUGUUGGUGCUGCCUGGAGAUCAGCCCAAGUUGAGGCAGGAUCGACAGUUGUUAUCAUUGGUCUCGGGUCGAUAGGGCUAGCAGUGGCUGAAGGGGCAAGAUUCUGUGGCGCUGCAAGAAUCAUCGGGGUUGAUAUGAAUCCUGACAAAGCUGAAACAAGCAAGAAGUUCGGAGUGACUGAAUAUAUCAACCCACAGAGCCUUGGCGAUAAGCGUCUCAGCGAGGUCAUAAAAGAGAUGACUGGUGGAGGUGCAGACUAUUGCUUCGAAUGUGUCGGAAAGGCUUCCUUGGUUGAGGAGGCAUUCGCUGCAUCGCGAAAGGGAUGGGGUAAGACUGUCGUCCUUGGCGUGGACAAGCCGGGAGCACAGCUAACAUUCGGCUCUUUCGAUGUCCUACAUCUGGGAAAAUCGAUCAUGGGAUCCUUGUUCGGAGGACUCAAACCGAAAUCCGACAUACCGAUCCUCAUCCAACGAUACUUGGACAAGGAAUUGGAACUGGAGAAGUUUGUGACGCAUGAGGUUAGUUUUGGGGACAUCAACAAAGCUUUUGAGUUGCUGCUUGAAGGGCAGAGCCUCAGGUGUGUUAUUUGGACGGAUAAAUGAAUUUUUACAUUAUCGUUUCUUCCCUGUUUGGUAUGAAUUAUGCACUGUUUGUUUGAAGUUUCUUGAGUGAGAAACCAACCCUGAAUAAUGUAAUAAGAUUGUGUGUCUUGUUUACGUGUAUUUUGUAUUUAUAUGUUUUUGUUUGGUGUGAUAUGAUGGCUUUAAUAAAAAUUGAGUGUCAGUUGAGUGUUUCUAACUAUAA